AUGAAAUUGGCGACGAUCCUGAUACUCUUGAUAGUCGAAGUGCUCCCAAUACAGUUACAGCAGGGCGAGAUACACGAGAAUCAAGUAGAUGGCAUCAAUGAGUGUUUGAGUGAAAGAAGUGCUGUGGGAGUCUGUUUUGGGAAAGAGUUAUUGGCGAAGCUUAAUAAUUAUGAGGAAGCAGAUACCUUCAGCUUGGCCAGCGGCGUUUCGUUUGUUCGCGAUGAGAAAACACCGAGGGAUAUUGGCGCGUUUCUUGAUAAAGAUCCGAUGGAUUUCCGAUCGAUUAUGGAAGACGCUAGCAGCUUGAUAUCAAAACGUUCUCUCCAUUGGGACAUGGGGACGAUAUAUCCAGGAUUGGUGAUGAGGAUCGGACCGACAUUAGCAAAUGGGGUGCUAGAGUUUGUUAUUGAUCCAAGAAUUAAGGAUCGGUCUUAUCCAGCACAGGGGGAAGUAACCACAGGUCGUCUUUUAGCUAGAAACCUUCUUGUGCCUUUCUUGCUUGGUAUAAAAUUUCACAUAUCGACGCUACUGCCACUUCUAUUGGGGCUAGUUUUGUUGGCGAGUAAGAAGGCUUUCCUCCUAGCAAAGGUGGCGUUACUUGCGGUGACAUUAUUUAGCGGCGCCGGCGCAGGAUACGGUAGCAGUUACUUUGGGGGCCUUAACAACUUCGGCGGGCCAACUUUGUCAUCAUACGUGACGACACAGGAAAAUAUUGGGCAUUAUCAACCAGCACAUCCAGCUGGAGCCUACCACUACAGACAUCCUCACCAUCCGGAAUAUUUUUACAAGGAGUCAGACGACCACACCACAGGAUCACCAAUAACCCCAGACGAGCUACGGGAUAGACUAGAAAGGCUCUUUGUCACCAAAAAGGACGACCAAGAUAAAGUUAGGAACAGUCGAAAGUUCUCUUGGACUCCAAUCAAUGGGGGUUAG